UGAGUCCGUGCAGUUCUCGUAAAUCGUGUUGCAUAAAUCAGUAAGAGUCCAUGAUAGAACCACACACACAUCGAUACAGGACAAAGCUAGCGAGAUCCCAGCUUCACCAUGUCGGAGCUGUUUAUGGAGUGCGAGGAGGAGGAACUGGAACCAUGGCAGAAGGCGAUCCCAGAGAUCAACCUGGUAGAUGACGAUGAUGAUGAUGACGACGACGAGCCUAUCUUCGUUGGCGAGAUCCAGAGUUCCAAGCCUGCCAACGCCAGACCUAAUGUUGGCGUCCCGAGAGGGCAACAGAACGUUCCAGCGGGCCGGCGGAACGUUGGCUCUGCCCAGAUGCCCUCCCAGAAGCCUCCCCAGGUGUCCCCCCCGAUGCCGACAGUCAAACGUGCUUCAUAUGCACCGUCGCCCCAAAACACCACCAGGGUGGCCCCACCUCCGUCCAGCAACAACCCCACCCUCAUCCCCGCCAGCUCCAAUCAGGUGACGGGACUGAACGUCGGUCGCGUUGGCAACACAGUCACUCCUCAGCCCAUCAUAAUCAACAAUCAGGGUUACAUUGUGUCUUCUCCGCAAAUAGCCAACAGUGGUCCGUUCAUCACCAGUAUUGGAUCCCAGUAUCCACCUGGCACCUCUUUUGCCGUCUUGCCAGCGGGGCAGCCUCUGCUGCAGCAGGUGUCCCAGUCCAACUCGCUGCAUCCCAUGGUGGGGGGCGGUGUGGUGCACAGGCCGCAGGUGCAGCUCAUCCAGAACAACGUGGUGACGCUGGCCAACGUGCAGGCCCCCCCCGACCUGCAGGGCCCCCACCCCCACCCCACCGCCUCCGCCCUGGGACCCCCCCCACACAGGAGCAUGGGCGCCCCCCAGCCCCAGCCCCAGCCCCAGCACCAGGUCAUGUCCAGGCAGGACAGCGCCGCCUCAGCUCUGGCCUCGCUGCAGGGCCUCAACAACCGCGAUAACGGAACAGUGAAGCGAAGCUUCCCAUCUGAUAUGGACAAGACAAAAAGACUCAAAGUGGAUGCAGCUGGUAAUCUACGGAUGUCAGAGUUUGCGGAGAAUGAGAGUCCCUCCAGGAGGCGGUGUCCAAGAUGCAUGGGAUCCUAUCCUGGGGACGACUCGCUGAGGGGACAUAUGAGGUACUGCUGUCCAGAUCUGUUGGAGACGGUGUUUGGCACGAGCUCUCGGCAGGACAAGUCGGCGGCGCCGCUGCGGGUGUACGACAUGGACAAGGGCAAGCUCAUCAUGCUGGUCACCGACUUCUACUACGGACGCUGCGAGGGCGACCAGCACCUGGAGCAGAAGACACACACCACCUUCAAGUGCAACAGCUGCCUGAAGGUGCUCAAGAACAACAUUAGGUUCAUGAACCACAUGAAGCACCAUCUGGAGCUGGAGAAGCAGAACAGUGAGAGCUGGGAGAGCCACACCACGUGCCAGCACUGCUACCGCCAGUACAGCACGCCCUUCCAGCUGCAGUGCCACAUCGAGAGUGCCCACAGCCCCUACGAGUCCACCACUAACUGUAAGAUCUGUGAGCUGGCCUUUGAGACGGAGCAAGUGCUGUUGGAACACAUGAAAGACAAUCACAAGCCGGGAGAGAUGCCCUACGCCUGUCAGGUGUGUAACUACCGCUCGUCGUUUUUCUCUGACGUGGAGAGCCACUUCCGAACCAUCCACGAGAACACCAAGGACCUGCUGUGUCCCUUCUGCCUCAAGGUGCUGCGCAGCGGACACAUGUUCAUGCAGCACUAUAUGAGGCACCAGAAAAAAGGCAUCCAUCGCUGCGGGAAGUGUCGACUGAACUUCCUGACGUACAAAGAGAAAGUGGAGCACAAGACUCACUUCCAUCGCACGUACAGGAAACCCAGGACCCUGGAAGGACUUCCUCCCGGAACCAAGGUGACUAUCCGGGCCUCCCUGUCUGGAGGGUCCCCCAGCUCCUCCAGCGCAUUAUGCAGGUCCAGCAUCAGCGUGGUUCCGGGCAUCCCGGCCGCGAGACCCGUGGGCCGCCCCCCCAACAGCGCAGGCCGGGGGAAAGCCAGCCCGCAGAACUCUGUGGGGCCAGUCAAGACCAAGAAGGAGCGGAACAAACCAGUGGACCUCAGGAACUUCAAUCUGAGGCAUUUCCGGGCCCCGGAGGGUAAGAGCGUGUGCAUGGAGUGUUCGGCCGCCGUGAAGGACUUCUACGACCACUUCCCCCUGCUCCUCACCUGCGCUGCCUGCAAGUACAAGACCUGCUGCCGGAGAUCCUACCGGAACCACAUGAGCAGAUUUCACAGUGCAGGGUCGAAAGAGAGGAGGAAGAAUAUGCGGACGCAAGGCGCUUUACGGAGCCUGACUCUGGUUUGCCUGAACUGCGACUUCCUAGCCGAUGCUACAGGAAGUGACCUUAUGAGCAAACAUUUGAUUGACAGGCCCACCCAUGCCUGUCAGGUGAUCAUGGAGCAGCCACAAGAAAACCAUGAUUCUGUUUCUGACAAAGCCAGCCUGGAAAGAUCCGACCUCGCUGACGACAAGCCUGCCAAAUUAGACGAUGAGUUGCUGGGCAACACGACCAAACAGGAAGAGGAUGCAUGCAAGGAGGAGGACACGCCCUCUGACCCAGCCCCGCCUACCCCUGUCACUAUAGACUCCGCCUCUGAGGAGCGGAGCCAGGACACACCUUUAGAGAAUGAGACUCCUCCAGACCAGGAAAAGGACACUUCUUCUGAACACAUCUCUGAGACACCUGCUGGUGUGCCCUCUGAAGACAUCUCACCUGCUGACAUGCCCUCUGAAGACAUCUCACCUGCUGACAUGCCCUCUGAAGACAUCUCACCUGCUGGUGUGCCCUCUGAAGACAUCUCACCUGCUGGUGUGCCCUCUGAAGACAUCUCACCUGCUGGUGUGCCCUCUGAAGACAUCUCACCUGCUGGUGUGCCCUCUGAAGACAUCUCACCUGCUGGUGUGCCCUCUGAGAAUGUGACGCCCUCUGAUCGCGAUUCACCCUCUGAGGUGCCCAUUGAGCAUGAGGCAGCCAUGGAACUAGAUGACCCUGUGGAACCAGAAAAGGUUGCAGAGCCGGAGAUCACUGGAGAACGUGAGACGGCCACUGAACCGGAGGUAGAGACCGGAGUGGAACCAAGCACAGAGAAGCCGAGCACAGAACCUCCGAGCGCAGAGCAACCAAGCACAGGACGUCCUGAGGACGCAGCAGAUGAGGUUCCACUGGAACCGCUCACGCCCUCCAAGGUUCUAGAACAUGAGGCCACAGAGAUGCUGCCCGUCUCAGCCAAUCAGAGUGCUGAUACGGACUGUGUAGACACGCCCAGCAGCCCAAACGGACCUUCAGAAUCCGUCACCGUGUAGGACCAGACCAAGAAACACCGACGUCUCUCUGAUGAGCUUUUUUUUGCUUUUUUGAAAAGUCGUUUCCCUCAAACUGGUUGUUUCUAAGAUCAGACUAUCCUUCUUCUCCUUAAAACAACCCAACACGUGUAGAUAACUGCUGUCCAUUACAAAUGAACAGAUCCAAAGAUCCCUGGGUCCUCUGUAAUCUCCAUUGUUAUUUGCCUCAUGAUGUGAUGAUAGACAAUGAUGACUCACUUUGUUACAUUUUCUUUUUUUUUUUUUUUAAAUAAAAUCAUGUAGUGUCAUGCGCAUUGGCACAUUUUUCAGA